AUGGAACAUCAACAUAAACUGUUUCCUCUUCUGGUGUUACUUCUGUUCCAAGUUAUGAUUGUUGCUUCACAGACAGAUAGUGGAGAUUUUACGGCUCUUUCGUCUCUCAUACAAUCGUGGAAAAACAAACCGUUAAAUUGGGUUGGUUCUGACCCUUGUGGAAGUGAAUGGGAUGGAAUUCGUUGCGCCAAUUCUAGAAUCAUUGAACUGAAAUUACCUGGCUUGAAUUUGGAGGGUCAACUAUCUUCAGCAAUUCAGUCCUUAUCUGAACUCGCUAUGCUAGAUCUUUCGUACAACGCAGGCAUGACAGGAACGAUUCCGAAAGAAAUUGGAAAUUUGAAGAACCUCAAUUCCUUGGCAUUGGUUAACUGUGGUUUCUCUGGUCCUAUUCCUGAUUCAAUAGGUUCUUUAAGAAAGCUGACCUUUUUAGCGCUGAAUUCGAAUAAGCUCAACGGAAACAUUCCGCGCACUCUUGGCAAUCUAGCCAUCCUUGAUUGGUUAGAUCUUGAUGAUAACCAGCUGGAAGGGUCUAUUCCUGUCUCUGAUGCUCAAGGGCAACCAGGUCUUGACAUGCUCCUUAAGGCCCAGCACUUUCAUUUGGGGAACAAUAAACUCUCAGGUCCAAUACCACCAACACUUUUUAACUCCAGCAUGAUUCUAGAACAUGUGCUUUUCGACCACAAUCAACUAUCCGGCAGUAUUCCUGGCAGCCUAAGCCUUCUGAGCAAAGUGGAAGUUGUACGCUUUGACAAGAAUCGGUUAAGCGGGAGAGUGCCUAACAGUUUGAACAAUCUCGAAAAACUAAGCGAAAUCUAUUUAUCUCACAAUGAACUGAACGGCUCUCUGCCGGAUUUUACUGGAAUGACUCAUCUCACAUACGUGGAUCUGAGUGACAAUAAUUUCAAUUCUUCUGAUAUUCCUUCAUGGGUUUAUGCUUCUAGUCUGCCAGAUCUGACGACAGUAAUACUGAAGGACAACCAGCUUAGUGGCACAUUAAAUCUCAGCAGUGGCUACAGAAGAAGUCUGCAACUCAUUGAUUUGCAAAACAAUGGUAUUACCGACCUCGAGAUGGGAAACCAGAAAUUGAAUUUCGACUUGAGACUGGCUCAAAACAAGAUUUGUCUUGAAAAUGGAGUUUCUAAUCAGGUUUACUGCAAAGCUCCUCAAGUCGUUCCCUCGUAUUCGACACCAACAAAUGAUUGUUCACCUCCUUCAUGCAGUAACAGUCAAAUUCCCAGCCCAAACUGUAAAUGUGCAUUUCCCUACAUUGGAAAUCUAUCAUCCAGAGCUUUUAGUUUUUCGAAUUAUAGUAACACUAGUUACUACACGGAAAUUGAGCAGUCGUUGAUGAGUACUUUUCGAAAACAAAAUAUUCCAGUGGAUUCAGUUUCUCUUAGUAAUCCUAUCAAGGUUACAUCUACUGAUAAUUUUCAGUUGACUCUUAAUGUCUUUCCGUCUCAAGCCGAUCGUUUCAAUACCACUGGAGUUUCAACCGCUGCUUUCGUGCUUAGCAACCAAAUUUACACGCCUCCAGCAUUUUUCUCCCCUUACAUCUUCAUUGGUCUUAGCUAUUCAUAUUAUGGAGGAGAACCUAAGGGAUCAAAGUCAUCGAAUACAGGCGCAAUAAUUGGAGCGGUAGUUGGUAUAUUGGUCUUUAUUGUACUGGCGAUCCUUAUAGGGAUAUACAUUAUUCGCAAAAAAAGAACAAGAUCUUCUGAGUUGAACCCUUUUGUAAACUGGGAACAGAACAAGAAUAGUGGAGCUGCUCCGCAGUUGAAAGGAGCGCGAUGGUUUUCAUUUGAUGAGAUGAGAAAAUACACCAACAAUUUCGCAGAAGCCAACACUAUUGGAUCGGGCGGCUAUGGACAGGUUUACCAAGGUGCUCUUUCCACUGGAGAAUUGGUUGCAAUCAAAAGGGCUGGAAAAGAAUCUAUGCAGGGUGCUGUAGAGUUUAAAACUGAGAUUGAACUUCUAUCAAGGGUCCAUCAUAAGAAUCUUGUUAGUCUCGUUGGCUUCUGUUACGAGAAAGGCGAACAAAUGCUCGUCUACGAGUACGUCCCGAAUGGCACUUUAAUGGACAGUCUUACAGGAAAAUCCGGGAUAUGGAUGGAUUGGAUAAGGAGGCUCAAAGUUACAUUGGGUGCCGCCAGGGGGCUGACCUAUCUACAUGAACUUGCAGACCCACCAAUCAUACACAGAGACAUAAAAUCAAGCAAUAUCCUACUCGAUAAUCACCUUGUCGCUAAAGUGGCUGAUUUCGGUCUCUCCAAACUUCUUGUUGAUAGCGAUAGAGGCCAUGUUACUACACAAGUCAAAGGAACCAUGGGAUACUUGGAUCCUGAAUACUACAUGACCCAACAAUUAACAGAAAAGAGUGAUGUAUAUAGCUUCGGAGUGCUAAUGCUGGAGCUAGCAACAUCAAGAAAGCCAAUAGAGCAAGGAAAAUACAUUGUAAGAGAGGUAAUGAGGGUAAUGGAUACAUCGAAAGACUUAUACAACCUUCAUUCGGUUCUCGAUCAAAGCAUACUCAAAGGGACAAGACCAAAAGGUUUAGAGAGGUAUGUGGAACUUGCAUUGAGGUGUGUCAAAGAGUAUGCAGCUGAUAGACCUUCAAUGGCCGAGGUUGCAAAAGAGAUCGAGAACAUAAUCGAGCUUGUUGGAGUGAACCCGAAUUCUGAAUCAACUUCAACAACGGAAACUUAUGAGGAAGCGGGUGCGGGGGAGGGUAAGCAUCCUUACGUGAAUGAUGGUGAAUUUGAAUAUAGUGGAAUGUUUCCAACAAUAAAGGUAGAUCCUCAAUGA